AAAUCUAACGAAAGAAAUAUUCAAUCAAGAUAAAACAUGUCUAUAUGCCUUUGGUUCGUGGUAGCAGUGUCAAUAGGAUGUUUACUAUUUGGGAUAAUGGUAUUAAUAUUCUUCACCGCUUGGGUCAACUUAGUCGUAGAUCAUGUAUUAACAUUAAGAGCUGGCACACAGACGUUUGGAUGGUGGUCGAAACCCCCUGUAUUGCCAAUGAUGAAAGUAUACGUGUAUAAUGUAACCAACGCGGACGAGUUCCUGAAUAAUGGAUCAAAACCAAUUGUCGAUGAGCUAGGCCCUUAUGUAUAUCUGUGAGUAGACAUAUAGAAAAAAUGAUAC